GUCCAAUGUAGACUCGUCUUUCUCCAUUCCUCAAAACAUUUUCUUCACGAAAGAACGCUUGCCCUAAUUUGUGCGACUGACUUUUCUCCAAAUAUACUCGAUUAGGGUUCCGAUUUUUCUCGUUCAUCAAUCGCACUGCAAUUAAUCGAUUCAGUGCACCUUUAAUCAGUGGCUGAUUGUAAGCAGGGAACACACCUGGUUUUAGGCUAUGGAUAAAGCAAAAGAUCCUGGCUUAUUUGUUAAUGAUGGAUCAUUCAUGGAGAGGUUCAAACAGCUUCAACAGGAGAAAGAGAAGAAGGUUGAACUGUUGGAGAAACCUAGGUCAGGCCCAAGUUCGUUUGUAAGUUCGAGCCCGAAGACUGUCAUUAGUAAAACAACGAUCAACUUUAGGCCAAAUGGCUCCCAGAAAACAGUACAAGCUCCUUCAAAUGGAAAAUUUGCAUUCAGCUUGAAACAAAAGUCAAAACUUGUCGCACCCCCUAUUAAGUUUGGUGAAGAUGAGGAUGAAGAUGAAGGAGAUGCUGGAAAUUCUCCAGGUCGUGAGUCAGUAAAGCGGCCAAAGUUGGCCCAGCUUGAUGCCUCUGAUCAGUCAUCCAGACUAGCUGAUGUUGCACCGCCUUCCCCAAGUGAUCCUACAGUGAGGAAUGUUGCUGACAAAUUAGCAAGUUUUGUGGCCAAGAAUGGGAGGCAGUUUGAGCAUGUAACAAGACAGAAAAAUCCUGGUGAUACCCCCUUCAAGUUUUUAUUUGAUGAAAGUUGUUCAGAUUACAAGUAUUAUGAAUAUCGACUUAAUGAAGAACAGAAGGCUUUGUCCCAAACCAGGGAUUCCCAAGUGUCACAAAGUGGCAUUACAACUCCUAAUUCAGCAGCUGGUUAUCAGAGACCCCACCAUCAGCAAUUGAAAUAUCAAACUCCUGCCUCAGCUCUAUACGAGGCCACAGAGAACAUAGGAUCUUCCCAUGCAUCAUCACAAACGACAGGAAGACAUGGUGAAUCAAGUGCCACAACUGGUUCAGACCCUAUAGCUAUGAUGGAAUAUUACAUGAAGAAGGCUGCAGAAGAAGAGAAGCUGAGGCCGCCUAAACCCUCAAAAGAUGAGAUGCCCCCGCCAGCUUCCCUCCAAGCUCCUAUGAAGAAAGGGCAUCAUAUGGGAGAUUAUAUUCCUCCUGAAGAGCUUGAGAAGUUCUUGGCUACCUGUAAUGACGUGUCUGCACAGAAAGUUGCGCAGGAGGCUGCAGAUAAAGCUAAAAUUCAGGCUGAUAAUGUCGGUCACAGACUUUUAUCUAAGAUGGGGUGGAAGGAAGGUGAGGGCCUAGGGAGCUCAAGAAGUGGAAUUGCAACCCCUAUUAUGGCAGGAGAUGUUAAAAAGGAUAACUUGGGAGUCGGCGCACACGCUCCAGGCGAGGUUACUGCUGAAGAUGACAUCUAUGAACAGUAUAAGAAGCGGAUGAUGCUCGGUUAUCGACACAGGCCAAAUCCUUUGAACAAUCCAAGAAAAGCAUAUUACUGAUGACUUUUCAAGAAGUUGCUGGAGAAUAAUCAGACUUCCUUGUAGUUGAAGCUGCUUGCUUUUUGGUACCUCUUAUUAAGAUGGCAAGUGUAGUUAUGUUCUCCAACUAUUGAAACUGAUGAAUUCAAUUCAACUUUGUGUCAAUUAAAUGGUUUUUUAUUUAUUUCCA